AUGUCGAUAGACACCGGCACCAAUGAUGAUCGAUGUGUCGCUGUGCUGCUGAAGGUGAUACCCAUCACAGUGCCGGGUCCGAAGGGGAACGCGAACACAUACGCGCUGCUGGACGAAGGCGCGACUGUGUCACUCAUCGAAGAAAACCUGGCACAGAAACUCGCGAAAGGAACUUCGCGGCCACCAAGCAUCCGCGGUGUGGCAGCGAGUCAUCGAGUGAACAGUGUGAUUAUUGAGGUUACGAUAGCUAAUAAGAGCUUCGGCAACGCGUAUCUAGUGAAGCUACGUACCAUCAGACAGCUGGCACUGGAUAGUCGGUUGGUACCAGUCAGCGUGCUAUACCCACAUCUGCGCGGAUUGGAUGCGCGCGUUAAGAUAGGAUCUAAAAUGCGGUAA